GUGCUAAGCGUGCAGCGCUGUGCUAUCAUGGCUGGCGAAGAUGCAGCAGAGUCAAGGAGAAAGCAUUUGUUGAAUUUGAUAUGUGAAGUCAAAGCAAGACUGGAUGGAAAGGUUGACAGCCUGAGCUUCCCCGUCCCACAGUUCAUUGUGAUUGGCAAGCAGAGUGUUGGAAAAUCCAGACUCAUCGAGGCAUUAGCAGGAGAAACCUUCAACUUUGUCUCUGGCACUUUGGGAUCAAGGCGUCCUACCGUGCUGGAGUUUCGCAAUGUGCCAGGGCUAUCUCCAUCAAGGUGGUCUGUUUUUGACGAGAACCUGAAGAGAUGGUCUUCCUACCCAGUACAGGAGGUCAUGCAAAUCGUUGGCAGUGCCCAUGAGGCGUGCGGACAGAACGUCAGCGAGUUGCCGAUUCGAGUCAAAGUGGAAGGUGAGGAUUGCACAGAUCUUGGACUGGUGGACCUCCCUGGUUUCAGGACAUAUGCCAAGGACGACGCCAUGCAAGCGCUGGCCAAAAAGAUUGAUACUCUCGUCUUCAAGUUCAUGAACGAUGAGAACAAUAUCAUGCUUUGUGUCGAGGAAGCUGGUGAUGCUGCAAACCUUGCUACACUUGGCAAAGCGAAGCAAGUGGAUCCAACUUACAAGCGAACAAUUUUGGUUCGAAACAAGCUGGACAAGUACUACAAUGAUUUGACCCCAGAAAAUGUGAACAAAUGGCUAGAGGGUUAUGGCGAUCUACCACAACACUUGGCGCGAUUUGCCGUGUCGCUGCCUCACUGGACCGGUGACGCCAUGCCGAAACCCUUUGGAGAAAUGCGGAAGGAGUGUUCAGAACGAGAUAUUGAGACCCUGGCCAGUAAGAAAGCUUCUUCGAGGUACAAGAUGACAAUCGGAUUUCAGAAUUUCCGCAACUUCAUGGAGAUCAAAAUCCAGCAGCUCUUCGCUGAUGCGCUGGCCCCCAUGCUGACUCGUCUCAAGAACAUGCAAGAGGAGCACGAAAAGAAGCUCCAAGUCAUCAGACAAGAGAUGGAGACCAUCAAUGAAGACAACAUCUUGCAUGCCACUCGCUCCGCUGGGAUUACCUUCGCCCAAAGCUUUGUUUUUUUGAUGGAGGGUGCUCUUUCAUCCGAACACAACAGAAAUACUCUUGAAGAAGAGCUCAGGGCAUUUCACAAGUACUGUGCGAAGACUGAGAGCUUGAAAGAGGACGAAUUGAUGCCAACAUCAUUUGAGGAUCUUGAUUCCUACAUCGCUUACCUUCGAGACACUGUAAAGCUGCCAGCCAUGGACGUGCAACUGAAUGGUGGAGCACAAUUUAGAAGGUUAAUGUACGAAGUCGAGGUCUUUACCCGCUUUGCUGGCCUUGGCAAGAAGCUAGAGCCAGUUGACGUGAUCCAAGCUAGAGGAUCUGGCCUGCGGGAAUGCACCUGGCAGGAUGUUAUCACUCAGCUAAUGAUGCAGACUGCCCCUACACGAAUGCGUACAAAGACCAAAUACGUCGGGGAGCGGUUGAAGUUUUUCUUUGCCGAGCAGAAGGAGGCCACCGUGGAGUUCAUGCUUGGUCUUCAAGGUUCUCCAGAAGAACACAUGUACUCGCGACGGAUCCCGAAAGAGGCCCAAGUGAUAGAGCGGAAUGAUACCAUGAAGAGAUGUAUCUUUCAAGCCUUCGAUGAUGCUUGUGAUCGACACAAGUCUCGUUUCAUGCAGAUGUGGUGCGAUUUCAUGGACAGCAUGUUCCAAUCUCCAUUGAUGCUCCUGAAGUCGGGCUCCAUGCCGUCCAUUGGGGAUGACUUCGAUGAGGAGAAAGCUCCAACCUUUGAAACGACAAAGGCUCGCAUUGAAAAAGAACGAAGAGGGAGGGGAACUCUACAGUCGGCCUUGAGGGAAAAGGUGAAGCAAAUCCCUGAUGAUGAUGUCAAAGCCAAUGACUCGGUGAAAAUGGUGGAAAGGAUAAUAGAGCAGACCUUUGCGGUCAUCCGCAGCGUGGUUGCAGAUCACAUGCAGCUCUAUUCGGAAUCCUUCUUCCUCUUGCCCAUGUUGCGACGGUUAGAAGGAGUCAUGGCUCAAAUGGAGCUUCAGGAAGAUGACAAGAUUAGCUACCGAGCACGAAAAUCUGUGUUGGAGGAUGAGAGGAAAAUCUCCCAAGGUAUGCUGACAGACUUGAACUAUUGUGUUGAAGCAGUUCAGAGAUUUAAGGUGACCUAUGGUGGCGGUCAAUAGGUACCAGUACCCCACUGCUGGCGUCUCACCUCAUUUUCCUCAUCCACUGCCUCAACACUACCAUACAUCCA